UCCGCCUCCGCCUCCGCGAGAAGCCUUUCCGCCGCGAAUCCUCCCCUCGCUGCUUGCUGAGAGGACUAGGGUUUCCUCUCGCUCAUGGCGUCCUUCGCCUCCCAGGUCGGCGCGAUGGCGUCGGGGUCGCCCCUCGUGGGGCGGAGGCCAUGCCCGGCGGGGGCCAGGAGCGGCCAGCUGUUCGUGGGGCGGAGGCCCGCGCCCGCGGCGGUGCAGAUGCGGGCGCCGCGGGCGGGGCGGCCGCGGGGCCUGGCGAUGCGCGUGGCGUGCGAGAAGGUGGUGGGGAUCGACCUCGGCACCACCAACUCCGCCGUGGCGGCGAUGGAGGGGGGCAAGCCCACGGUCAUCACCAACGCCGAGGGCCAGCGGACGACGCCCUCCGUCGUCGCCUACACCAAGGGAGGGGAGCGCCUCGUCGGCCAGAUCGCCAAGAGGCAGGCCGUGGUCAACCCGGAGAACACCUUCUUCUCCGUCAAGCGCUUCAUCGGCCGCAAGAUGGCCGAGGUCGACGACGAGGCCAAGCAGGUCUCCUACCACGUCGUGCGCGACGACAACGGCAACGUCAAGCUCGACUGCCCCGCCAUCGGCAAGCAGUUCGCCGCCGAGGAGAUUUCCGCGCAGGUCUUGAGGAAGUUGGUGGAUGAUGCAUCCAAGUUUUUGAAUGAUAAAAUUACAAAGGCAGUGGUUACUGUUCCGGCAUACUUCAAUGACUCACAGAGAACAGCAACAAAAGAUGCUGGACGCAUCGCCGGAUUGGAAGUUCUCCGCAUUAUAAAUGAGCCAACUGCUGCAUCCCUUGCUUAUGGUUUUGAGAAGAAAAACAAUGAAACAAUUCUUGUGUUUGACUUGGGAGGCGGUACCUUUGACGUCUCUGUAUUGGAGGUUGGAGAUGGUGUGUUUGAGGUGCUUUCCACAUCCGGUGACACACACCUUGGUGGUGAUGACUUUGAUAAGAAAGUUGUGGAUUGGCUUGCUAGCAACUUUAAGAAAGAUGAAGGCAUUGAUCUUCUGAAAGACAAACAAGCCCUGCAGCGACUCACUGAGGCAGCAGAGAAAGCUAAGAUGGAGCUGUCUACGCUGACACAAACAAACAUUAGCUUGCCUUUCAUAACUGCUACUGCUGAUGGGCCUAAACACAUCGAGACAACCCUCUCCAGAGCCAAAUUUGAGGAACUGUGUUCAGACCUCAUUGACAGGCUUAAAACUCCUGUCAAUAAUGCCUUGAGAGAUGCCAAGCUGUCUGUUGAUAACCUGGAUGAAGUAAUUCUUGUUGGUGGAUCCACUCGGAUCCCUUCAGUGCAAGAACUUGUGAGGAAGAUCACUGGCAAGGAUCCCAAUGUCACAGUCAACCCUGAUGAGGUUGUUUCUCUCGGGGCAGCUGUGCAGGGUGGAGUUUUGGCUGGAGAUGUAAAAGAUGUUGUUCUUCUUGAUGUUACUCCAUUGUCUCUUGGUUUGGAGACAUUGGGUGGAGUGAUGACCAAGAUUAUCCCUAGAAACACAACACUGCCCACCUCAAAAUCAGAGGUAUUCUCGACAGCUGCAGAUGGUCAGACAAGUGUGGAGAUUAAUGUUCUCCAGGGGGAGAGAGAGUUUGUCCGGGACAACAAGUCUCUUGGAAGCUUCCGCUUGGAUGGAAUCCCACCUGCACCACGUGGUGUUCCACAAAUUGAAGUCAAGUUUGAUAUUGAUGCCAAUGGCAUUCUCUCCGUUGCUGCUAUUGACAAGGGCACUGGGAAGAAACAGGAUAUCACCAUCACUGGUGCCAGUACUCUACCAAAGGAUGAGGUUGAGAGAAUGGUAGAAGAGGCUGACAAGUUUGCUCAGGAGGACAAAGAGAAAAGAGAUGCAAUUGACACCAAAAACCAGGCAGAUUCUGUGGUCUACCAGACCGAGAAGCAACUGAAGGAGCUGGGUGACAAGGUACCUGCACCUGUGAAAGAGAAGGUAGAUGCCAAGCUCAAUGAGCUCAGAGAAGCUAUUGCCGGUGGAUCAACACAGAACAUGAAGGAUGCCAUGGCUGCUUUGAACGAGGAGGUUAUGCAAAUCGGUCAGGCCAUGUACAACCAGCAGCCAAAUGCUGGUGCCGCUGGACCUACUCCUGGUGCUGAUGCUGAUGCUGGUGCUGGACCAACGAGCUCUGGCGCAAAGGGACCGAAUGACGGAGAUGUUAUUGAUGCGGACUUCACCGACAGCAAUUGAUGGUUAUAGCAAUUAAAGGUCAUUGAUGGAAGGAUGAUCCUUGGUGCAUGACGGUGAGGGAUACUCUGGGUGGCGCUAUAGAGAAUGAACAAAUUGUGCCUUCUGUAUUACCGUCAAUCCAUGUUAGAUUAGGUUAUUUAGUAUGCAAUUUGAUAGCGGUAGGGUUUUGCCAACAUUUUCCUGUGAUAUUGUAUGAAGGAUUGAAAGAAGCAGUCUUCACCAAAGAAAGGAGGCAAAGGUUUUGAUCGGAGAUAUAGCUAAUUGAUAAGAUAAGACCUUGUCCUUUGAAAAAUAAGUUGUCAUGAGUUCCCUGU